CAGUGCUGCCUGCCAGUAGUAAUCGUCUCUGAUUGACUGAGAGAUUCAAGGAGCUGUCAUUGUUUAGUAACAUAGCAGAUGCAACGCAUUGAAUACAUAUUUUUGCUUAGUCACAGAAGCUUUUUACUACAGUGUAGUCCCACAUCAUAUGAAGGAAUGUGUCUACCUGAUUUAGGGGACAGUGUGAACAGUUGGGGCCAAUUUCAUCGGAAAACUUUUCCUUGGUGUUAAAUACAGUCUGAACAAACCUAAAAUGUAUAAGAUGAUUGUUCGGAUUACGGGAUGCCAAGGUCAUAUUUUUUUUCAUAUUCUCUUCCAGUUCAAGGGUUGUUCAGAUUCAAUUAGAUCUGUGGAAUAUACUUUUUUUUAAUGGCUAGCUCAGAAUAUGAGCAUUCCAAAAGUAGUUUUUGUAUUGGAGUCCUUUUGGGAGCCUAGAAAAUGUAUUUAUAAAUCCCAUCGUUGGAUGGUUGGGUUUCCCAAGGGACUCCAUUGGUUAGAAUUAGCCUAUGGAGAUGGGUAUUUUCGCAUUUCACAUAACACGCAUUACCUGUCGUUGUUGAUGAACCCAUCUGUGUCAUCAGGGCAGUAACUCGGGUCACUAUCAGAGGCCUUAUGAUGGCGUGUCCUUUUCAUAGUAGUCGAGGGAGACUGGAAACAACGGAGGUGUCACAAGGGUACUUGUUGCACAGCACUUUUAUCCUGAGGUCUUGCCUGACAAGCAGUGAAAAUUAGCAAGUGAACAGUAAAUUAAAUCAUUUUUGGAAAUCGCUAAAACAUUGCAUUCACAUUGCUGGACAUGUUAUGAUACCCACCCUUGCUCCUUCUGGUAGGUCCAAGGAUCCGUUCAUGACCAAGGAUCAGUCUGGCACUCAACUAUGCACUUUGUCUAACAGAAAAAAACAGGGUCAACUUUUUUUGUUUGGCAUACAUUUUAAAGUGAAAAAAAACUGAGUCAAAGUGUAAUUCCGUUACUGUGGAAUUGUGUGCGCGCGUGUGUGUGUGUGGGGAAGGGCUUUGGCUGGAUGAAUCAACAAGCCCAGGGAGACUCACGGCUGUCUGUGCUUGUUCCAGUGCCAUAAUCAACAGCAUCACAGCAAGCAGCAGUCCACCUUACUUCCCCAUCAUCAUCUGCCCAUGACAGGGAUUUUGGCUGCUACUACCAUGAAUGAAAACUGGGAUGUUUUUUUUCUCCCGUAUAGCCUACAGUCUCAACAUUAAGACCAGGCCUAUUUUUGCAUUUGUCUAAUCAUGCACUCGUUCUUUGUGCUGCUCUGGUCAAGGAAAUGCAAAUACACGAGUAACAUCAAUGGUAAAGCACUGCGUCGUUCACUUUUUAUUUGUUUAUUUUGUCCUUCGUUGUCUGUUUUGGCUAAUAAGGUCUGUCCCAUUUUAAGGGGAUUUAACGAUCACAUUUUAUAAUGGACCUAUUGGAUUUGACGUCCUUGGGAGCAGGCAGCGUUCAGUAAAUAGUCAACACCUUUUCAACAGCUGGAGAGAGGAGAGACAGUAUUUACACAGAUGUAUUACUGUCAAUCCAUGACACAGGAAAGAGAUGACGGUUUGACGAAUAAGAUCUUUUUGAAAGAUGAGAGGAGCGUGAGCCGGGGAAAGCGUGCUGCAGAGCUGCAUCAGAUAAUGCUGUUUACCCACAUGGCCUGGAGCCGCUGCUGAGGGAGGAACAGCCGAGUCCAGUCAGAAAGCCACAGAGAGGGGUGCUACAGGGAGGGAAGCCAUGUCCUACCACCACCACAGGAACCCCAGCCAGAGCAGCCACCGCACCAUGAGCGCCGAGGAGAGGUGCUCUACGCCCGUCCACCACCACAAGGCGUCCACGCCCACACACAAAAGCGCCUCGUCCUCCUCCUCGUACCAGCGCGACACCCGCCAGGAGGCAGACAGCUGGGAAAUCAUUGAGGGACUGAGAAUCGGCCAGAGCAACGUCCAGAGGCCAGAUAAACACGAGGGCUUCAUGCUGAAGAAGCGAAAAUGGCCACUGAAAGGCUGGCACAAGCGUUUUUUUGUCCUGGACAAUGGGAUGCUGAAGUACUCCAAGUCGCCCAUUGAUAUUCAGAAAGCCAAACUGCAUGGCUGCAUUGAUGUGGGUCUGUCAGUCAUGUCCAUCAAGAAGAGGGCCCGCCGCAUUGACUUGGACACAGAGGAGCAUAUCUACCACCUCAAAGUGAAGUCUCCAGACAUCUUUGACUCCUGGGUGGUCAAGCUGCGCCACCACCGUCUCUACCGGCAGAACGAGAUUGUCCGCUCCCCCCGAGACGCCACCAUAAGGACGUUCCCUCCCCCUGCCACCACCGAGUCCCCCAUCCCACACCCCCACCCUCAGCCAGCCCCCACCCCCAUUGCGGGACAACAUGACGUAAAGGUGGGCCUCUCUUCCCUGGCGGUUACCUCGGCACAGUUGUUCUCUGCUGUGCAGCCCAAACCCACCACCCUUCCAUCAUGGCAGUCCCCCCCAGUCCCUAGCAGCAGCAGCCUGCCGGCCUCCUACAGUAACGGACAGAGCAAAGUGGCCGCAUGGCUUCAGGAGUCGGAGGAGAUGGACAAGUGUACAGAGGAGCUCGCCCGCUGCCAGUCCAGCCUGAUAGAGCUGAGCAAGUUACUGCAGAGCCUGGAGAUCUUACAGAGGACCCAGUCGGCUCCUAAUUUCACUGACAUGCAGAGCAAUUGUGUAGACAUGUCAAAGAAAGACAAGCGCAUGAACAGAAGAUGGAGAACAAAAAGUGUCGGCAAAGAUGCAAAAUUGCAGCUUCAGGUCCCAUCUCUCCCUGUGAGUGCCAGCAUGUCUCCAGUUCGCCUCCACUCCUCAAACCCCAACCUGAGUGCUGAGCUGGUGGACAUCCAGACCCCUGCCUCUCGCCUGGCUCCUGACAACAUAGAGUGUGGAGGCGACUACAUCAAACUGCAGGAGGACUUCUGCCUCAUCGCUCAGAAAGUCCACUCUCUGCUAAAGUCUGCGUUCAACACAGUGGCCAUAGAGAAGGAGAAGAUCAAAACGAUGUUAUCAGACCAGGAUCAGUCAUCAGGGCAGUCUGUCCAGCUCAUCACCCUCAGGAAGUCUCUGUCACAGGUGAGACAUGCCCUGUCCCAAAACGCCGAGCUUAAAACCCGACUGGGCCGCAUCCACUCUGAGUCGGUCCUGUCUGAACAAACAGUCAGUGUGAACAUCAUUCCCAGUUCUGACGAGGCUGGUGAGCAGAUGGGAAUCCCUCUGACACAACAGACGUCCAAUGAGAGCAGGCUGUCCAUGUCCGAGUCUGUGUCCGAGUUCUUCGACGCCCAGGAAGUGCUUCUGUCUGCCAGCUCGUCGGAGAACGAGGCCUCAGAUGAUGAGUCAUACGUCAGCGAUGUGAGCGAUAACAUUUCAGAGGACAAUGCCAGCGUGACCGAUAACGUCUCCAGACAAAUGCUGAACGGAGACCUGGCAGGAAGUGCCUUCCGUAACGGGCGGCGCCCGUCCCUCCCCGCCCCCUCGCCGGACUGCAGCAACAUCAACCUGUGGAACAUCCUGAGGAACAACAUAGGGAAGGACCUGUCCAAGGUGUCCAUGCCCGUGGAACUCAACGAGCCCCUCAACACCCUGCAGCACAUGUGUGAGGAGCUGGAGUACACUGAGCUAUUGGACAGAGCUGCCGAUACGGAGGACCCCUACGAACGCAUGGCCAUUAUGGCGGCGUUCGUCAUCUCAGGAUACUCCUCCACGUACUACAGAGCGGGAAGCAAGCCAUUCAACCCUUUACUGGGAGAGACGUAUGAAUGUAUCCGUGAGGACAAGGGCAUGUGUUUUAUCGCUGAGCAGGUGAGCCACCAUCCACCAAUCUCAGCUUGUCACGCUGAUUCCAACAAGUUCACCUUCUGGCAAGAUGUCAGAUGGAAAAACAAAUUCUGGGGGAAAUCCAUGGAAAUCCUCCCCAUUGGCACAGUCAAUGUUAUGCUACCAAGCUUUGGGGACCACUAUGAGUGGAACAAGGUCACCACCUGCGUGCACAACAUCCUAAGCGGCAGAAGGUGGAUCGAACACUACGGGGAGAUCACCAUUAGGAACACCAAAAGCAGUGCCUGUAUCUGCAAGCUCACUUUCGUCAAGGGAAAUUACUGGAGUUCUAAUGUCAAUGAGGUUCAAGGGAUCGUGAUGGACCAAGAGGGGAAGGUAGUGCAUCGGCUGUUCGGAAAAUGGCAUGAGGGCCUUUACUGUGGAGUCCCGCCCUCUGCCAAAUGCAUCUGGAGGACAGGCUCCAUGCCCACCGAUUACGAGCUGUAUUAUGGCUUCACCAGGUUUGCCAUUGAGCUCAAUGAGCUUUGCCCUGAGAUGCAAGAUCUGCUACCACCCACAGAUGCCCGCUUCAGACCCGAUCAGAGGCACCUGGAGGAGGGCAAUGUGGAAAUGGCUGCCUCAGAGAAGCAGCGUAUCGAAGACCUGCAACGCACCAGAAGGAAGUGGCAAGAGGAGAAUGACAUAAAGCACGAGCCACGCUUCUUCAAGAAAGUGGUUGAUGCCAAUCAUAGGGAGCGCUGGGUCACCAACAACACCUACUGGGAGCUUCGCAAAUCCCCCGGCUUCAUCAACAUGGAAAACCCUAAUCUAUGGUAGCAUAUGGAUCGCUAUACAGACCAUAUCAUCACCGCUGACAGAGGCUUUUUCCUAUGCACAAUACGGUUUUCAAAUGAACCUCUCAUUGACAAGAUGACAGUGUGGAAGGAUACAAAAGACUUCAGAGCUGAGAGAUGAGUUGGACCAUCCGUCACCCUGUUUGGCACUGCAGCCAACCAGUCACCCAUCCAAGUAUCCUCUUGGAUCCCCCCCAUUGAGCUUGCUGCAGAGGCUGGGUUGUCAGGGCAACAAUCUUACCACGUAGAUCUAUCCUAAACUGUUUUGACUUCAGAGUAUGUCCUUGCCUUAAAAAGUCACCUAUCCACACCACACAUUUUAAAGCUUUUAGUGAAACCCACUUGAGUUCUGAAAGCAGUUUGAUUUAGACUAGUGUUUGGAUUAGGCUUUUGAUUACCUAUUACUGUAUGUAUCAUGCAUGUUUAGAGUGCAGCUUUCAUUGGCAUAUGCUAUAUAGACUAUAACAAAAAUAAAAUUGAAAAAAGUCUGAUAUUUUUGCAAAAAUAUCGUCAACUCAUAGAAUUUAGUGAAAAUGUAACUAUUAUACAAUAUUGGCAAGAUUGCUCUUAUUUUUGGAUCGGCCUUUUUGUAUUAGUUGAAUCUGUAUCGUAGCUGUAUUCUCUCUUGGGACACAUUUUUGUUUUUGCAGUUCAUUUGUUUUAGUCACUGGUAUUGAUGGACGUUGCUGUAUCCUGAGAGGUUUCCUCAGCAACUCCAAAAAGACAAACCCCUUGAGCGGAGACUUUUAGUUCCAGUUUGCCUGGAAGAGGAGCAUCAUUACAAGCCCAACUGCUGAUGCGUAAGCACUGACCUGAGAAACAACUUCCUUUUUGACCCUUCAUGUCACUCACCACAACUGUUAUUGCAAACCACAUGUAUAGACUUUACUUCUUCCCCUUUACAGCUCACAUUCAAACUAGUUUUAAUAGUUUAAGUUAAAAAAAUAAAAGUUUUAAAAAGUCAUUAUAAAUAUAAUUGUAAUGUUCUUUAAUUUCCUGUACUACAAUUUCUGUGUUUUUUGCUGUUUGCAGUUUAGCCUGUAGUAUAACUGAAAGGACAUGUGUAAUACUAACACUCAGGACGUCUCAUGAUGAUCUGAAGAGAUUCCUACCCAGAACGGUUGGCCUUGUGCCAUACCCUUCUGAGGAAUCAAUUUAAAACCUGGUCACUUAUCUGGAUACAUGGUUACACGAAUCAUCUUUGAUUCUGUCCAUAUAUAGUGAGGGAGCCAGUGGGCUCGUCAAAUGUAUUUCCGUUCCACUUGAGUCCGGUCUCGCGUUACUUUCCUGACCAAGCCACUAACUGAAAUGUCAUAGUGAAAGUGGAGUCCUCCUGUGGCAGUAUAGAGGUCAAUGUGUCCUCUACUGGGAACCACAUGACUCAUGACCAUUCGACCGUCACAACUACACCAGACUGACUACCCCCACUUAUACAAUUAGUGUUUUAUGAAACACUAGAGCCACCUACUGUCAGUUCUUUGAAAACACUUUACAUGAAUUCAUAUGUAUGUGGAAAUCUGUUAUGUAGAGGCCAAGGGCUUGAGUAAGUCAAACAACUUUUAUUACGUUGUUUUAGAAUGUUCAGAACUUUCUGCUUUUGCAAAUGGCAGAAUGUGGAUGUUAAAGCCAAAGACCAACAUUUUAAUAAAUAAAAAUAAACUUGUUCAAGUUCUGUGGUUUUAAUUAGGUAGUUACGACACAGCUAAUGCUAUUUAUUAUAUUUGAAUAUCCUUUAAACAUGUGUCCAGUUCCUAGAGAGUUUAUCCUUUACACCAACCAAUACAAUUGAAACAGUUUAGAUCUUUUACUGCCAAACAUUUCAGCUUUAAUGUAUAUUUGAUGUUCCCCUCCCUCUGUCACUGUGUUAAAGUCAAUACACUAUGGUGACAUUUUUUACAUUACCACAGAAUCUGUAGUGAACAACAUUUUUACAUUGGGAUUAUAUUUACUUGUUCUUUGAAUUGUUUUGUCCAGAAUGAAGCCUGAAAUCGAAACAGGAAAAGUGUUUUUAUGUAAGAAAUAUGUUGAAUUUAAAUGUUCAAUUGUAAAGAAAACUAUUAUUUUGUGUGCAAUAUCCUGUGCAGUACUGCAGAUUAGAUCCCAAAAAUUAUAGAUAUGUAUUCAGAAAUCAAUUGUCAGUGUCAAUUCCACUUUCUGUGCCUUAAUACAUUUUUAUUAACGCGUCUCACACAAUACUGAUAAGAAACCCCAUACAAGCCAGAUAAGAAAACCAUUUAAAAUCCAAUAAACUACUUUCCCCACAGAGUAUUAUGUACUAAAUAACGACGGUCAGGGAAUGAAAAUGUUCUGAAUGCGUUACAUUACACCAAGGAGGGAAUGUUGUGGUCUGAGAUCUUGUUAAGAGGGAGGGAGAAUGGGAGACUGUGGUCACACUCAAUUGACAUUACCCAUAAAUAAUCUAGAAAUUCCUUAUUUUCUGUGCAGCCACGCCCACUCAUUUGUGAUCACUGUUAUUGGCAGUGCACUACAUGUAAACAGCGGAAUAUUCCUAUCUCUUUUGGAUUAGAUUUAUGCAAAGGCUACACCAUCCACUCUAACACCAGUACUUUGUUCAUAAGGACAUUUGAGGAUAAUGUACUUUGUAAAGUUUUAGUUCUAGAUUAAUACAUUGUUUUCAGAGAGACCAGGAAAAAAAAAUAAGAGACUUGUUUCAUCAGAGUAGAACAGCUAGACCUGAGUAAUUCAUCAGUUACAAUGUUUAUAUCUGCAUGUUUAAAUGACAUAGCCUGCCAAUGAAUGUUGCAAAUGCCUUACGAAAUAUGUUAUUUUCUCAAUUGGGCUUUUUCUUUUGAAUUUUGGACUGACUUGUACCACUACGCACUGUGUCAGCUGAAUUCUAUCUAUUUUCUAAUGGGUACCUUCUAAAGUGCAAUUGUCAAAGUACAUAUCUUUCCAUGACCACUGUACACUGCUGCUACAUAGUGCUUGUUCUAAUAAAAAUACAUAAAACUCA